CUCGGCGUUAUCGUGGGACUCCUAUCUACGGCUAUUCAAGGUGUCGGCCUGACCCUCCAGCGAAAGUCGCAUUUACUGGAAGAAGAGAAGGAUGAAUACGAACAAAGAAGGCCCCCAUACCGGAGAAGACGGUGGCAGAUUGGCAUGGGAAUGUUCUUGCUGAGCAAUAUUGUUGGCAGUACCAUUCAGAUUACGACUCUACCGCUACCAGUGCUCUCAACAUUACAAGCAUCUGGCCUCGUGUUCAACUCUAUAUGCGCUGCGGUAAUCCUCAAGGAACCUUUCACGCGGUAUUCGCUGUUUGGGACUGUCCUGGUGGCUGGAGGAGCCAUCCUGAUCGGCAUCUACGGCUCGAUGAAUGAACCCUCUCACACUCUCAACGAACUUCUAAACCUCUUGGCUCGUCCUCACUUCAUUGUAUGGCUUAUCGGUACCGCGGUCAUGGUGCUUAUGUCAAUCGUAGCGGCGUGGGCAGUCAAACGGUUCUCGGCGAGGCAGUCCACACGUACCCGUCUUCUGCGAGGAAUGUUUUUCGGCUUCGUUAGCGGCGUUCUGUCAGCCCAUUGUCUCCUCCUAGCCAAAUCAGCCGUCGAACUACUCGUCCGUACCAUUGUCGACAGGCGUAAUCAGUUUGACCGUUGGCAGUCGUGGAUGAUUCUUCUAGGUCUUAUAUUUUUGGCGCUGUCCCAACUUUGGUACCUCCACCGCGGACUUAAGCUCUGCAGCACCAGUGUUCUAUACCCCUUUGUUUUUUGCAUUUACAACAUCAUCGCGAUCAUAGAUGGACUCAUCUACUUCAACCAGACUUCUCGAUUAACACCUCUACACGCCGGACUUGUUGCAGUCGGUACCGUCAUUCUACUCGCUGGCGUACUAGCGCUCAGUUGGAGA